UCAAAUGUAGUUUCUGAACGUGCGCACUUGCUCAUCUUUCGUAGUUGUAUCGAUUGAAUAAAUAAAAUAAAUUCUUCGAGAUCCCUGACUUGUGAACACUACUACAUUUAUAAAACAGUAUGAGCACUACGGGGGAGCAGUUGACCUUAGCCAGGGACAUAAAGAGAGCCAUUGAGCUGCUCGAGAAGCUGCAACAAAGUGGUGAAGUGCCAGCUACUAAACUCGCUGCCUUGCAGAAGGUGUUGCAAAGUGAUUUCCUGAAUGCCGUUCGAGAAGUUUACGAGCACGUCUACGAGACUGUAGAUAUCCAGGGCUCGGCUGACAUUAGAGCUUCAGCCACUGCAAAGGCGACCGUGGCUGCGUUCGCAGCCGCCGAAGGCCAUGCUCAUCCCAGAGUUGUAGAACUUCCGAAAACUGAGGAAGGUUUAGGUUUCAACGUAAUGGGCGGUAAGGAGCAAAACUCCCCUAUUUACAUCUCUAGAAUCAUCCCUGGUGGCGUUGCUGAUCGUCAUGGAGGACUGAAAAGGGGAGACCAGCUGCUGUCAGUGAACGGCGUAUCCGUGGAAGGUGAGAACCACGAGAAAGCUGUAGAGCUACUGAAGCAGGCUGUUGGCUCUGUAAAGUUGGUAGUCAGGUACACUCCCAAAGUUCUGGAAGAAAUGGAAAUGAGAUUUGACAAGCAGAGGACUGGUCGCAGACGAACCAACUACAAUUAAAAAAUCCUCAAGCUAAGCUUGAUGUUCAAGCUAUGUAUUAUCAUUUAUAGGAGCACUGGAACAAUUUGUUUUGGUAAAAUGGAUCCUUAUUGAUGAGUGUCUUAGUAUGUUAUUUAUCUGUUAAUAUUUUACCUAAUUUUCAUAUUGACUGCCAUGCACAGUUUUACAUGCAAUAUUUUAUGCACUUUGCAUCAUGGUUCAAUAUUGGAUGUUUGCCCUGUAAAUAUGUAUAAGUGAGAGACACUUAGAGCUUCCCCACAAUAUAUUAAAAUUGAUGCAUUUACUUCUAUUAAUUGAAACCAGCAGUUGGUUGUCAUUGUGAAGUGUUUGCCAUGGGUAUAGUUUGACAGGACUAUGCUCAGGAUAGAGUGGAUGGUACAAGACACAGUCUUUUCCCUUUUAUGAGAUGGACUAAUCAAGUGAAAAUUUUCACAAGGUCAGACAUAAAUUGCAUAUGACUUUGUCAAAUGAUGUUUUUAAACCCGUAAUCACAACUUUCACCUUUGGUUACGCUUUUUGAUUGUACAGCUCAGUAUGCAUUUUACAUUUGUAUGCAUCCUUGGUAUUGAAAGAAAAAAAUAUUAUAACCAACUGUUAUUGAAUAUGUUGAAAAUGUAAAAAGGAAAAGUAUUAUAUGCCUUAUUUAUAAGUCAUUAAUAGUUUUGUAUCAUUGAUGCCAAAUAUAUUUGACUCAAUUUACUGUAAAACAUUUACUCGUUAGUUGUAUUAGAUUGAAUGCACAUAUUGUAUUAUUUUAGAUGUUAAGAAUAUUAUUACAAGUUAACUUAUAAUUUUCAAUUUACUCAAUUUAUAAGUCAUGUAUAUUGAUAUUAUGAAAUGGUACUUAAUUGUGUUUAAAGUAUAUGAGUUACUGAAAUAAAAAAGGAAAAUAAAGUCAUAA